GUUAAUCAACCGGGUGCGGACGGAGCUCCCAUCACUUAAAAACGAAAAGCACAGAUUCGGGCUAUUUUCUCCGUGAAGGAACAACUAUCAGGCAAAAUGGCACAAAUGGACAUGGAGUUAAAAAAGGCCUUUACUGAGAUGCAGAUAAACAAACUGGAGACCACCAAGAAGAUCAACAUGAUCGACAUGAAGUGCGACAUGGUCAAGACGGGCAAACACAAGUACCAGCUGACGGAGAAGGGCACGAGUAGCCUCUCCGACGACACAAGAGUUUAUCAGUCUGUGGGCCGCAUGUUCCUGCUGACCGAUGUCCAGAAUAUGCGGGAGGACCUCAAGGCCAAGCAGGAGAAGUGCGACAAGGCGAUAGAGCUGCUCGAGAAGAAGAAGGAGUUCCUGCAGAAGUCGCUCAAGGAUCAAGAGGACGGUCUGCGCGAGCUGGUGCAGCAGCGCAAGGAGGCCGACCUGACUGCGAAAUAGACUCUACUCUGGCAUUCAUCAUUAUUUAUUUUCAAUAUAUUCGUCUAAAUUGAA